CUUGCACAGUUCAUUUUCUUCUCAGCAUGAGCGUUGCGUACGGCGGCGAAGUCGAGGCCACGCAGAUAUCUGCUCCCACGAAUCCAGUCCGCCGCAUCAACAACGCCCUGCGCUCCAUGGACAUGACGCACGUGCAGACGGCGCUCUUCACGACGCAUUUGGAUGCCGGUGUCAAGGUAUGCGAUGCGACCAAGUCCGACUGGAAUCGGUUCGUCAACUCAGAGUACCAAGAGCUCAUGUCCCGUUCUAUGAUGUGGCGAGAUGGCGCUAUCUACAUCGUUGAACUACCUGGACGGAUCCAUGAACACAUGAACCGUAGUAUAGCUUUCGCGGUUGGGGCCGCAACUGGAACCUUCAACGUGCACCUCAAACCACACGGAGCGACGUUUGUCGAUGCCCUAGAACAUAUUGAACCAGACGAGAGCUUUGGGCCGGCCCCAAAUAUCGGCGCAGUCGGUCCUGCAAACCUCGACUGGGGUGAAUUCCAUACGCUGAAGAUCGAGGUCGGUGUCUCUCGCGGUUGGGCGCUUUUGGAUCCUAAAGCCAUUCUCUGGGCAACAUUCCCUGGCGUCGCGUACAUCUUGUGCAUCCGCAUCUCGCCACACUUUCGAGCGUGCCAGUACAAGCUCCACUCUGUCGAGCCCCCAGGAGGCAUCGUGGGGCUGGCGCCGCAGUUUGUCGCCCCCAUUGACAUCAACGACGCGACGGUGGUGACGAUGGACUCUCGACGGCUUCUUGCUCUCCCUCCGCAUGUUCCACUCCCGCUUGGUUUCGCCAAUCCAAAUGUCCAGUUUCAGCUCCAGCCUUUGGUGCUUGACACCAUAGCGUGUGCUCAGCGUAUUCGUUAAAGUAUUAAUACUAAAGUCCGACUCAGGUAUACAAUCGACAUACUUGGAAGUACUGCUAUUAAUGUAGGUGUAU